AUGUCCCAAGAGGAGUCCGUGGAUUCCAAAUUCUUUGUCGGCUCCAUCGUGUGGGCCAAGCUGGACUCGUACCCCUGGUGGCCUGCCAUGAUCGACGACGACCCCGACAGUUGCCUCUACGUCUGCAACAAAGACCCUUACGACGAGGAUCGUGUGGUUAACCUUCCCUUCCUGUUUUACAGCGUCAGCUGGGAGUGGCCCGUUCCCCGGAUUUUUGACAGCACGAGCACUCACUACCACGUUACCUUCCUGGACAAGAAUGUGACCCGUGCCUGGGUUCGAGAGGAUCGCUGCAUGCCGUUUUGUCAGGAAGGCGUGCCAGGGAACAAGGUUGUCAAGAAAUACAAGAAAGCAUUCAACGAUGCCGUCGAGAGGGCAAAGCUCGCAGUCAAACUCUCCCUUCCGGAACGGAUAGCGGAGUACUGCUUCAUCAACAACUACCCUCCCUUACGAAGUGCGUCACUGCGACGGACACAGACUAAAUCCAAGCAGCCCAGGAAGAAGUCAACGAAAUGCAAGACCACCACUCAGCCAUUGACCAGUGACAUGCAGACAGCCAAACGUCCCAGGGGCAAACCACCAAAGGUGGGGACCACUACUCAAGAGACUCGGCAAACGCAGUCAGGAAGUGCAGCGACUAGCAGCCUUGGACAAGCAUCCAGACCGGCAUUUAAGGGAGCCAAAGAAAGGAUAGCGGCUUCUAAAAGUGACCAAACGCCAAAAUACCAGUCAGCCACCGAAACCAUAAAAAAAAUGCAGAAAAGGAAAGAUGUUGGGGCUUACCAGAAUACCAUGCAGUGCCAGGAGCAGACGAAGAGUGCAGCGGGCGCAACCAACAUCAUUCAGCAACUUCCACAAUUAGCGGCUGCAGCAGUGCUUCAAAAUUUGCCUUCAGCGCAACCUCAGAUCCAAGAGGAGGCAGCCAUUACUGUCCCCGUUCCAAACAAAGCUUUAAAUCCGAAUCCCGUCCACUGUUUAUCCGCGAUUCAAGCAAACUGUUCCCCAAACGAGGAUCAGCAACCAAAGAUGCACAUCGAAGCUGAAAAACAAGGACCAGUAAGCCCGAUACAAGCCAGCCAGGUUAAAGUUCAAGUCGACACUUUGCCUCUGCUUCAGAGGUUCGGUGCAGCAAGUGAGCAAUCGCGUGUACUGGCACAACUAAAGCCGGCGACCAAGGCUUCUGCCACGAAGUUACCGAAUGGGACACCAGUCUUGUCCGAGACUCUGCUCUCGAUCACGGGAGGGCAGACUCAAGAGAGCUUGGAAGGCAUCGGAAACAUAAAUUCCCUCAUUCAGUUUCUAGGCAACGACGUGGAAAAAGAUGGCCGUUCCGACGAUGGGACCUGCCUGGCAGACGCCAAAACUGAAAUCGUCCCAGCUUCAGAUGCAACAGCGAGCGGAGAGUUGCUUUCGCAACUUAUGCCGAAAGAGUCGACAACGGCGUCGGUGCCACCGUUUGGCGCGGCGUCUCGCAGUGAGCAGAGAAACACUAUAACAAGCAGCGGAAUGCAAAGUGGUGCUGAUCUCGUGCCAGAGGUUGCUCCUAUGAAACAGGUAAAGCAAGGAGUCCCAAAAUUUUUCAAAGAAAAAACAGCUUUCAAAGGAGACAAAAGCAAGACUCUGAGCAAGGCCAAGAAAGAAAUAAACGGCAAACCCAAGAAACUGAAGAAGCCGGGUGCCAAGGAGCCAGCCGCAGACGUUGUUGCCCAACUUUUAAACGAUGCUGCAGCACUUGCAAAACAAGCUAAGGGUCCGGCAGAGAGAGCUGGCAAGGCAUUAGCAUCAGCAAGACCAACUGUGACACCUGCGAGGACACUUAACAAUAUAACGGCCGAGGUGCCGGCAAAACCAGCCACGGCACCGGCAAGCGGCUCUUUCACAGCGGCAACAGUUCUACUGCCGAAACCCGUUGCCAUGGUACCAACGGUGGCAGUACAACUAAAGGAAGUUGCAGCACUAGAAAAACCGGCUGCCAAAACGGGAAGCGUGCAAAAAACCGUCACUGGCAUGCAGGCCACACAUAGAGCGCCCCAUCAAAAGAGACUGUUCAAGGUCCCGACAAAGGAAACGGCGACAACGCCGCCCGAAGCCUUCGCAUCGCCGAAAGAGAUGCCGAUCACGAGGGCAAACUGUGACAAAGAUCAGCUGACCUCCAGCGGAUCGUGGACAACUUUGGAAGACAGCGACUUUGACGCCUUGUCCAACACCACAAGCCUGACAUUUGAUAACGACUUGUCGAGCGCCUCCCAGGACAUAGAAACGGAUUGCGACACUGAUUUCGUAAGCCUCGAAACGGUGGACUGUUCGCAGGCCUUCGCCAUGCAAGAAUAACUCGUCGAGCUCUCGUUUUGAGCACCUGGUGCUGGGAAGGCCUCCCAAGC